GUCCGCGACAUUCCAAAAUAGAAUACGCGCUCGCGCUGCCGUUGUUGCUGUUGUUCCAUAAGGGUUAACUGUAAGAGAAAGGAGAAAACGGACGCUCGAGAAACGUUUAUUCAACACAACAAUGCUCCGACAUCUCAAACGAAGAGCUCAAAUAUCAUUCAAGAACCUGGAAGAACAGCAGACUUUACUAAAGGAAGACAACAUGACCAUCAAAACCCUCGAGUAUGGAAAACCUCUGGAAGCAGAACACGGCAGAAAUGAGUUUCCAACCCAAGAAGGUGAAACAGUCCCGGUUAAUAAGACGGAUAAUACCGUUAACACACCUGCUUCUCCAGCUCCAGUGAGGUCCUGUAAAGAAGUAAGUUCCUCUUGGAGUUUCCAUCCUGAACUGGAGCCGCGUUUCACCGUCGCGCACGCGGAGUCUGUCACACCUGUCACACCUGUCACGCGCAGCGUCGAAGCGGCUACAGAGGGCGUGAGCUUCCCUCAGCUUCCCUCAGGAACAGAUGAUUAUAACACAGCAAACUACAAAAAUAGAAAAGGCUACAUCAAGAAGCCCAUGAACGCCUACAUGAUUUGGGUGAGGACACAGUGGUCUAUCUUGUGCAAGGCCAACCCGAAUGCCAGCUUUGCAGAGAUCAGCAUGCUGCUUGGGAUCGGGUGGAGGAACCUGAGUGAAGAACAGAAGAAACCCUACUACGCAGAGGCACGGAGGCUUAAACAGAAACACAGAAAGAAAUUUCCUGAUUGUGUUUAUAAUGCGGAGACGAGAAAGACAUUCAGCCCAGAAGUGGAACCUCUGGACACUACCUCUAAUGCCUCACCAACCGUACCCCUGGCACAUCCUCAGAGAUCUGCGCCUCAGAACAUCCCUGUAGCAUCACCCAGAAACUCCAGCUUGCAGUACUCAGCCAUGCAGACCAAUCCAAUGUUCUCCGUCAUGGACAUGCCAAGAGAAGUACCACUCCAUGGCCUGGUGUCUGGAUCUAGUGGCCAGUUCCCUGGCCUUGCCCACUCACAGGUACCACUGUCUCCUGGAGGUGUCCUCGUUGCCCCAUCUUCUUUCCCUUUUGUUCCACCAUUCUACAUGCCUAGGCUGCCAUUCUGCCAGACCAGGAUUAUGCCUUUUGUAGAGAGCCUGGGGCACAAACACACAGCAACGACACCCAGAACAGCACAGACGUCCUGACUUCUGUACCAGUCCUGGACAUACAUGCCUCGGAGAAUUUGUUCAACAGCCUUGCUUAGAGGGGCAACGUUUCAGAAGUGGAACACAGUGGUGAAAUUCAAAUGCUUAGAGUGCUUUAGUGUACAUGCUGUCAUGCUGAUCUUCAGUUCAUAUUUAUUUCUAAUGAGUUUUAGUGUUCAUUUAAAUAAAGGUUUUUAAAGCCGA